AUGACUGUCACAUAUAAAGAUUGGCAUGAGAUGUUACCAUUUGCAUUACACUGUUACCGAACGUCAGUUCGCACAUCAAUUGGGGCAACUCCUUUUUCUUUGGUGUAUGGCAUGGAAGCUGUUUUGCCUAUUGAGGUCGAGGUGCUAUCCCUCAGGGUAAUUAAAGAAGCGAAACUAGAAGAAGCUGAAUGGACACGAGCAAGAUUUACAAUGAUGGAUAAAUCAUGGAUGCACAAGAGUAGAUUGUCUAAAGAUUAUGAGUUGGGUGUGGAAAACUUCAUCAAAUUUGGAUUUUCUAAUACAACUAGCUCCUAUAUCCGUUGUCCUUGUUUGAAAUGUGGGAAUUGUGAAAAACAUAGUAGAAAGGGUGUUAGAGAUCACUUGUAUGUUAAUGAUGAUGAUGUUGGAAGUGUAAAAGAAAUGAUUGAAGUUGCUCAUGAGGAAUAUUCAAAAGACCCAACUGGAUUUGAGAAGUUGCUUAUUGAUGCUGAAAAACCAUUGUAUGAAGGAUGCAAAAAGUACACAAAGUUGUCUACUCUAGUCAAAUUGUAUAAUUUAAAAGUUAGGUAUGGAUGGAGUGAUACUAGUUUUUCAGAAUUACUUGAAACUUUGAAGGAAAUUCUGCCUACUACCAAUGAGCUCCCGAAUUCAUUGUAUGAAGCAAAGAAAACAUUAGGUGCAUUAGGAAUGGAAUACGAAAAGAUUCAUGCAUGCCCGAAUAAUUGUUGUCUCUAUAGAAAAGAAUUUGCUAAUGCAAUUGAAUGUCCUGAAUGUGGUCAAUCAAGGUGGAAAAACGUCAAGGAUACAAAUGAAAGGAGAAAGCAAAUUCCCUCUAAAGUGAUAUGGUACUUUCCAAUCAUUCCACGAUUUAAAAGGCUAUUCAGAAGCAUUGAAUGUGCUGAAAACUUGACUUGGCAUUCUACUGAAAGAAUUAAUGAUGGUAAGUUACGACAUCCAGCAGACUCUCCAGCAUGGAAGUUAGUAGACAUGAAAUGGCCAGACUUCGGUUCUGAACCCAGAAAUCUUCGUUUAGCAUUGUCAGCCGAUGGAGUAAAUCCUCAUGGACCAAAACAACCAGGGGAUGACAUAGGCAUAUACUUAGCACCACUAAUUGAAGAUUUAAAACUUUUAUGGAAAAGUGGUGUUGAAUGUUAUGAUGCUUAUCAAGAAGAACCAUUCAACUUAAGGUCAGUUUUGUUGUGGACAAUCAAUGAUUUUCCUGCAUAUGGUAACCUUAGUGGAUGUUGUGUGAAAGGGUAUAAAGCAUGCCCAAUUUGUGGAGAUAAUACAAAUUCUAUAAGGUUAAAGUAUGGGAAGAAAAUGGCAUACCUUGGACAUCGUAGAUUUUUGGCACGAAAUCAUCCGUAUCGACGACAAAAGAAGUCAUUCAAUGGUAAAAAAGAACUUGAUACAAUUCCAGAGCCACUUUCUGGGGAGGAUGUGUAUUUAAAAUUGAAAGAUCUUGAAUUUUCUAGAGGGAAGAAGAACCAUAAGAAACGAUUGAUGAACAGAAGUACACUUCUUGAUAUUCUUGGGAAAAGUAAGGAUGGAUUGAAUGCUAGACGCGAUUUAGUUGAUCUAAAACUUCGACCAGAGCUUGCCUCUAUCAGAAGUGAAAAGAAAAUAUUCAUUCCGCCCGCGUGUUAUACUCUUACAAAGGAUGAAAAACGAUGUGUUUUGAAGACUUUGUCUGAAAUAAAGGUUCCUGAAGGUUACUCUUCCAAUAUUAGAAACCUUGUGUCAAUGACAGAUUUAAAACUUAAUAGUUUAAAAUCUCAUGAUUGUCAUGUGCUCAUACAACAGUUGUUUCCCAUUGCGAUAAGAUCAGUGCUACCGAAACAUGUUCGUUAUGCUAUAACUAGGUUGUGCGUCUUUUUCAAUUCUGUAUGCAACAAGGUAUUAGACGUACAACAACUAGACAAGUUGGAAGAAGAUAUUGUGGUAACAUUGUGUUUGUUUGAAAAGUAUUUUCCCCCUUCAUUCUUCACAAUCAUGAUUCAUCUCACAGUACACAUAGUUAGAGAAGUCAAACUUUGUGGCCCUAUAUAUCUUCGAUGGAUGUAUCCCUUUGAAAGAUUCAUGAAGGUCAUUAAAAACUCUGUGAGGAAUAGAUAUCGUCCAGAAGGUUGUAUUGCUGAAAGUUAUUUAAUAGAAGAAGCUGUUGAAUUUUGUACUGAUUUCUUAUCUGGAGUAGAUCCCAUUGGACUUGGGACUCGCAAGUCACAAGACCAUUUAGAUACUUCAAACAUUGGUAGACCAUUGUCCAUGGGAGUUCCUUUCAAACCUCAACAAGAACUUCUACAUCAAGCUCAUCAAUAUGUUUUGGAAAAUACAGUCGAUGUCCAACCAUAUACAGAGUAUCAACUGAGCUUGAAGUUGGAAAUGCUGGAGUUUCAGAUAACUUAUGAUGGAUUGCAUGACCCUCAUCCUUUUGUUAUUAGAUAUAGUGGUUAUGCAAUAAAUGAAUGUCGCUAUCACAUACAAUCUUGUGAUAAAGAACGAAGUGUACAAAACAGUGGAGUUAGCUUAGUUGCAAAAACAAUGCAAGUGUCUAGUUCUAAAGAUAAAAAUCUGGUCAUCGGCGAUAUAUCAUUUUAUGGAGUCAUACAAGAGAUAUGGGAACUGAAUUAUAAUAUGUUUAACGUUCCUAUGUUUAAAUGUGAUUGGGUUCAAAACAAUGGCGGUGUUCGGAUUGAUGAACUUGGUUAUGUUUUAGUUGAUUUGAAUAGAGUAGGACACAAGUCAGACUCCUUCAUACUAGCAAGUCAAGCAAAACAAGUUUUUUAUGUUGAGGAUCCAAGCGAUGUUAGAUGA